CCACUCGCCGUCCGCCGCCGUCCGAGCGCACUCCGCGCCGCUCGCCGCGAUGAAGGCCGCAGCCGAGUUCGUGGUCGAGAGCCCCGACGUAGUCUACGGCCCCGAGGCCAUCGAAGCGCAGUACGAGUACCGGACGACACGCGUCAGCCGCGACGGCGGCGUCCUCAAGGUGCACCCCACGUCCACGCGCUUCACCUUUCGGACCGCCAGGCAGGUGCCCCGGCUCGGGGUCAUGCUAGUCGGCUGGGGCGGAAACAACGGCUCCACGCUCACCGCCGCCGUGCUGGCCAACCGACUGCGCCUGUCCUGGCCCACGCGCACCGGACGCAAGGAGGCCAACUACUACGGCUCGCUGACGCAAGCGAGCACCGUUAGCCUGGGCCUGGACGCCGAGGGCCAGGAGGUGUUCGUGCCCUUCAGCGCACUGCUGCCCAUGGUGGCGCCCGACGAGCUCGUGUUCGACGGCUGGGACAUAUCGUCGCUGAACCUGGCCGAAGCGAUGCGGCGUGCACAGGUACUGGAUUGGGGGCUGCAGGAGCAACUGUGGCCGCACAUGGAGGCCUUGCGCCCGCGGCCCUCUGUCUACAUUCCUGAGUUCAUCGCCGCUAACCAGAGCGUGCGCGCUGACAACCUCAUCCCAGGCACGCGAGCGCAGCAGCUGGAGCAGAUCCGCAGGGACAUCUGCGACUUCCGGUCCAGCGCCGGGCUGGACAAAGUCAUCGUGCUGUGGACAGCGAACACGGAGCGCUUCUGCGAAGUCGUCCCGGGCCUCAAUGACACCGCUGAGAACCUGCUGCGCACCAUUCAGCUGGGCCUGGAGGUGUCGCCCUCAACGCUCUUCGCCGUGGCCAGCAUUUUGGAGGGCUGUGCCUUCCUCAACGGGUCACCACAGAACACACUAGUGCCUGGUGCCCUUGAGCUCGCGUGGCAGCACCGGGUCUUUGUGGGCGGAGACGAUUUCAAGUCUGGCCAGACCAAGGUCAAGUCCGUGCUUGUGGACUUCCUUAUCGGCUCUGGCCUCAAGACCAUGUCCAUCGUGAGCUACAACCACCUGGGCAACAACGAUGGGCAGAACCUGUCAGCACCGCCCCAGUUCCGUGCCAAGGAGGUGUCCAAGAGCAGCGUGGUGGACGACAUGGUGCAGAGCAACCCAGUGCUCUACGCACCCGGCGAGGAGCCUGACCACUGCGUGGUCAUCAAGUACGUGCCGUAUGUGGGUGACAGCAAGCGUGCACUGGAUGAGUACACGUCGGAGCUGAUGAUGGGCGGCACCAACACUCUGGUGCUGCACAACACGUGCGAGGACUCGCUCCUGGCCGCACCCAUCAUGCUGGACCUGGCGCUGCUGACAGAGCUGUGCCAGCGUGUGAGCUUCUGCACAGAUGCCGACCCCGAGCUGCAGACUUUCCACCCAGUGCUGUCGCUGCUCAGCUUCCUCUUCAAGGCGCCUCUCGUGCCGCCGGGCAGCCCGGUGGUCAACGCGCUCUUCCGCCAGCGCAGCUGCAUUGAGAACAUCCUCAGGGCCUGCGUGGGGCUCCCACCGCAGAACCACAUGCUUCUAGAGCACAAGAUGGAGCGCCCCUGCCUCAGGGGGGGCGAGCCUGUGGCUGCCUGCCCUGGGCCUUGCAAGAAAGGAUCGGCCGCAACUGCCCCCAAUGGCUGUAUCGGUGACACCAAAGGGCACUCAAAGGCUGAGGCACCCCAGAUGCUCACCACCUGAGCCCUGGCCAUACAGCCCCCCCAUGAGUCCUGCUUCCACUGCCCCUCAGGACCCGACCCUUCCAGCCCCCUCUCUCCGGCAACACAAUAAAGCCAGUGCCACUGUCAGCCACA